GGCUGGCUAGGUCAGCUUACGCUUUAACCGCAUUUGUGAUUUGUGAUCGUUUCUAAUUUCUCUCCCUCUCUAUCUCCUUUCAUUUUGCCAUUUUUUCCCCCUUUUCUUUCUCUCAUCCUCUCUCGCCAUUUCCUCUCUUUUUCACUUGCUUCGGCUCGCCAUUCAAUCCGCUCCAUAGGGUUUGCUUCGUGGAGACAAAUGAUGAAGCCUGUGGAUCCCAUUCUUUGUUCAACAACAGCACGAGCGUGAAGCAAAUCUGAGAAAGAAAAGCCCAGAUAUUCUUGGAAAAGAAUAUCAAGAUUUCGAGAAAAAACAAAACCGAGAAACGAGACAAGCAGGCUAUAGGCGAUUAGUUCUAUUGUGGUUUACUUUUAAUUCGUACGGCGGCAAAGGAGAAUGAGCGCCUCGACAUUUAUAAAGUGCGUCACCGUCGGCGAUGGCGCCGUCGGCAAGACCUGCAUGCUGAUUUCCUACACCAGCAAUACUUUCCCUACGGACUAUGUCCCGACUGUUUUCGACAAUUUCAGUGCAAAUGUUGUUGUGGAUGGCAGCACUGUCAACUUGGGUUUAUGGGAUACUGCUGGUCAGGAGGAUUACAAUAGAUUGAGACCACUGAGCUAUCGUGGGGCUGAUGUCUUUAUUCUUGCGUUUUCUCUCAUCAGCAAGGCCAGUUAUGAAAACGUUGCCAAGAAGUGGAUUCCUGAAUUAAAGCAUUAUGCACCUGGUGUUCCAAUCGUUCUUGUUGGAACAAAGCUUGACCUUCGGGAUGAUGAGCAAUUCUUUGUAGAUCAUCCUGGUGCAGUACCUAUUUCCACAGCUCAGGGAGAGGAAUUAAGGAAACAGAUAGGGUCUCCUGCCUACAUCGAGUGUAGUUCAAAAACACAGCAGAAUGUGAAGGCAGUUUUUGAUGCAGCCAUCAAGGUAGUGCUCCAGCCUCCAAAGAAAAAUAAGAAGAAGAAAAAGGCAGCUGGUGGUUGCUCAAUAUUAUGAUCACUGGAAGAUUCAAGUCUGACAAAGAUGGAUCAACCUGCCACCUUCUUGCUGCACGUAUCUCUAUCACUGUCACCUCUUUUAAUUCAAGGAAGUAACAAGCCAUCAUGUAUAGCCUUAACUGGCAUUCUAGGGAUUUCUGUGAAAGCAUCAGGUGGUUUGUUUCGUGUUUUACUUAUUGUCAUGGUCUAUAAUUGAUGACAAGCAUUCCUUGUUGAUAUGCACGCCUCUUCUGUUUUGAGUUCAACUCUGGGAACGUCUUAUAUUUACAUAAUUUUAAUUUUACUUAAGAAUAAUGGCAUGAAUGGCUCAUAAAUUAUAGUGAAAUUGAAAUAUUACUUGAAUUUUAAAAAAUUUUAAUAUGAUAUUUAAACUAUGAUUUUGUUACUUAUGUGGUAUUUGAAAUGUUAUUUAUUCAUUGAUUUGGAGUUAGCCACAUUAACAUUAUUUUUGGAUUGAGAGGAGGGGCAAGGGAAGGAAAAGAAAAUAAAGGAAAGUAAUAAAAACAGAAAAAAAAUU